AUGCUUUCACAACAACAUAGGGGCUCAUUACUGAAAUUUUCAUCAUCACUCUCCGGAAGAGUCAUGAACGAAGUGCAACACCGACAACCACUCGUUCAUGGAAAUGUAUUCUUUGUAAACAGUAUAAAACAACAACUAGCCUUGUUUCAUAGAAUCAAUCAUAAUAAUGGCACAACAAUGAAUCACAUUAAAGGAGCAUUAAAUGAACCUAAUCAUAUGAUUCAAAAACAUGUUUCAAAAUCAUCAUCGGGAUUUCAUAUUGUUUCUAGAAAUUUUCAUUAUUCGUUAUGGACGAGAAAAGAACAAGACUCUAAAUUUACUCUCACCGAUUAUUCUGACAAUGAUCCCGAUCUUCAAAAACCAACAUUUUCUGGAAAGGUCUCCAAGAAUUAUGUGCCUUUCCAUGCAAGGCCAGGAGGUAUACCACCAGAAUUACGUGCUGUACGAAAGCAAAAAGAGGAAAAUCCAACUAGAGGUAUGGCCAAAACCGUGGGUCUUUCUGUUCUUGCAGUAUUUAUUCUCUAUUUCAUUGCUUCUAAUCAAUUUACACAAACCACAAUGAAGGAAGAUGUACUUAGAAAAACUGCUGUCGUUUUUAGGAGAAGAAUUAUGGAACUGCAAGUCACGAGAGGAGCUAUCGAAAAGCAACAAGUGGAUGCAAUCAUAAUUCCAAACGAUGACACACUUUCAAAUAGUCAUGGAGUUGCAGAACGAGUAGCUACUGUUGCUGGCCGUAAUUAUAAUGCAGAAUGUGCUGCAAAUUUACAGAAAAAUCAAGGAUCUCUGAAACCCGAGCAAGUGAUUGCAACAUCAACAGGAGGAGUAGAUGCAUCAUUAACAUGUAAAAAUGUCAUUCAUGUAGUGCCUCCAACAUGGAGUGGAGGAAAAAAGAAUGAAGAUUUGCAACUCGAACGCACAAUAUUUGCUGCACUUGCCAAGGCUGAUGAAUUGGAAGCAAAAAUUGUCUCCAUGCACAUGCUCAACAGCUCUAAUUUUCCGAAGAGAAGAGCUGCUGAAAUUACGAUUGACGCAGUUUUGAAAUAUGCCUACGAAAGAGAUGUCGGUCAAAACACUCCUAGCUCACUUCAAGUGGUCAAGUUUGUGAAUGAUGACGAAGAGUUUAAUCAGCAAUUACUCGCAGUAUGGGAUAAAAAGAAGACAAAAGGUCAACUAGUCUAA